ACUCUGAACAGCAGAAGUCUCGAGCCAUCUUCAGUUAAUCAAGGCCUAACUACUAAAACCUAGAACCACUUUUAAGGUCUUAUGCAAUUUGCAAGUCUUGUACAUAUAUUUUCAGCAAGUGAUAGGCUGUAAAGAUUUAAACAAGCUUAAUUUCUACUUAGCUAGUUUGAAAAUGGCGAGAGCUAUGAAGAGAUGCCUGCAAGUAACCCUAAAAGUGUUGAAUGCAGCAAUGGGUUUGUUGGGCAUUGCAAUGAUCAUAUAUGGUAUCUGGAUGAUUAGAGUUUGGGAGCGAGACAUCGACUACAGCUCAUCCGUUGCUGAUGAUGAUGAUGAUGCUUAUGCUUUGCCAUGGUUGAUUCAUGCUUUUGUUGGUGUUGGCAUUGCUUUGUGUGCAAUCACAUUCCUUGGUCAUAUGGCAGCAGGUACUGCCAAUUCCUGGUGCCUCAGCUGCUACUCUUUCGUUGUCUUCGUGCUUCUCAUAUUGGACACAGCAUUGCUAGCAGAUGUUCUGCUCAACUCAGACUGGGAAGAGGAUCUACCGGAUGAUCCAUCAGGAAGAUUCGACGAUUUCAAGGAUUUUGUGAGUUCAAAUAUGCAAUUAUGUCAAUGGGUUUCAUUCUCGAUAUUUCUAGCUCAGGGUUGCUCCAUCUUGAUUGCCACAAUCAUCAAAAGUCUGGAUGCAGACGAGAGAAUCAACUAUGAUACUGAUAGUGAUGUAGAGCAUGGUAAUUCCAGGGCCCCGUUUCUGAACCCACCUGCUGCACAAACGAUUCCAACAUUUGCGAUUGGGGAACCACAAUUCGUUUACUACAAAUAUGAGGACCGGAGGGUAACCGAUUGAACUGGCUGGAGCUCCAGUGUAUGCUGGAUUUGGAAGGGUGUAACAAAGAACUCAGUUGAAGAUGCUGUGGAUUCUCAGUUUCUUGCCUGCAGAAUAAAAGCCAAAACGUGCAUGGGCAUGGUCACUAGUUCUUACUUUGUAGUAGCAACCCCACGAAAUUUCCUUGGUUUGCAGUAGAAUCUUCCAAAUAUGGCCAUCACAAUCUACUGGAACUUAGAGGGUUUUAUGUACUAAAGCCUUAGUCAAUCAGGGUUGAAAACUUGAUGUUCACCGAAGAACUUUUAAAAGUCUGUAAUUUGUCUUUCAAGAAGAAAGAGUCUGCAAUGCUCUGGUGUUUUUCUCGGAUCAGCCUCUCAAGUCAAGUUUUUCUCC